AUGCGGGGACCAUUGAACCUGGAAAAUCUCGUCCUUGUGCGACUCGAAGGAGUGAAGCUUGAGCUUCAAAUUCCUGAGAUCCCAGAGGGCGACAGUUUUGUCAGCGCUUCCGGUAGCCAGAAUGAACUCGGAGUAGGGGUUGAAGCUGAGACAGUUGACCUCCGCGGUGUGAGCGUCCACAGUGUGGCUGGGCUUGCUGGUGUUGUUGCACCUGGUGUCCCAGAUCAUCAACUUCUGGUCGUCCGCGACCGACCCGAACAAAGACUCGUGCAAAAGGUGCCAGGCGACGUCUUCUACUACCGCGGUGUGCCCCGUGAAAAUUGUCUUUGCGUCGAUCACUCGGUUCUCCUUCGGGGUCGCGUUUAUGUCCCACAAGCAGAUCGGUGUCUUGGUAGCGAUGACACAGGGGUUCUGGGGCAUGUACCGGGCCCGGUUGACCUCACCCUCGUGGUUGAUCUUAAUCUCGAUCUCAAUCUUUCCGCUGACGGAGCCGAAGCCUCCAAACUCUCCCUUCUCAUUGUCGUAGUGGGAGGCGUCGAACUGGGCGUCCUCGUUCGGGAGCUGGACGCUGGCUAUCAGGAGGUGGUUCUGCUCGUCGGAGGUGUGGGUCCCCAGGAUCAGUCGGUGGAUCGAGUAGUCUUUACUGUCUGGACGGGUUACGUCUGGCAGCCACUGGGCUGUCAGCGAUGGCCAUUCUAG